AUGUACGUCUGGGCAAAGGCGCUGCUAUCGGUUUUGUGCGCAGCCGCCAGCGCCCUUUUUUCGGGGUUAAUACUCGGAUUUAUGUCGUUAGACAUACUGCAACUCCAACUACUCACAUAUGUCGAACCUACGACAAACAGGGAUAGAAUAUACAGCCGAUAUGCAAGGAGAAUACUCCCAUUGAGGAGAGAUUCUAAUCUUCUACUGUCUACGCUCAUACUUAGCAACUCUAUGGUUAACGCACUCAUGGUACUACUACUAGGUGACAUGUUGGACAUGACUUGGGGAUUCGUAUCAUCCACGCUUAUAACCGCAUUGCUAGGAGAAAUAGCUCCACAGUCUAUAUUCAUGAAACAUGCCUUAACACUGUGUGGAUUCUUUGCAACGGGACUGAGAGUACUAGUAUGGAUAUUGUACCCAGUAUGUAAACCACUGGCACUGCUACUAGAUUACCUGCUAGGAAAGUCAAGCCAAGUCAUAUACACCCGGCAACAGCUCAAGGCUCUUGUAGACCUCCAGCUAGAAAAGGGCAAUGUACUCACACUACAAGAGGCUAAAAUGCUCAAAGGAUGCCUAGAAAUGUCAACAAUAUAUGCAGAAGAUGUAAUGACACCCAUUGACGCAGUUGUGCAUAUCGAAGAUGGAACAGCGGUGACAAAAGAGGUUGUACAAAAUAUAGCCAAAUCAGGAUUCUCAAAUAUACCCAUCGUAACAAAAGAUGAAAACAAAAGUGUUGUAGGGUUCAUUGUUGUAAAAGACUUACUCAUGCUCAAUCACGCGAAAAGCUACAGAGUCAGGGACCUGUGCGAUACUAUAGGAAAACCUAUAUACGCGGUAGAUGCUGAGAGCACCGUAAACGACCUUAUGCCCUUAAUGAAAAGAGACUCGAGGCAUGUCAUUGUCGUAAGAAAAGCUAUCAUUAAUCCGCAUAGGGGAGGAGAUCCUAUAUACAAACACGUGGGAAUCAUUACAGUCGAUGACGUUCUUCGCAUUAUGCUACAGGAUUAUGAUAUUCAUGGAGAAAAGAGGCAACCCGACGGAAAAGAAUUCAUUGCGAAAAAAAAUGAAGUGCAGAUGUUAAAAUACGAAAAACUCAACUGUGUGAAAACAGUACACUCACUCAGCCUAAAUGCAAUAAAAGCAAUAUUUCCCAUACAAGAUAUACCAGGGAUAUUACGAGCGCUCAAUGUACCAGAGAACCAACAAAACGUUGACAUUAUUAGGGCAAAACAUAUCUUUCUAUUAAAAGACAAUACGUUAAUACCGAGUGGACGGAUCUUCGUGCUUUUGAAAGGCAACGUUAGUUAUGUUGAUGAAGAAAAAAUAGUCAUCAUGGAACUACCCUGUGCAAUAAAUUGCGGGGAAAUUAAGACCUCCUUCGUCACGCGUACGGAUUGUGAAGUAGUAGAAAUAUCAAUAAAUGAAGAAUUUAAACGCUGA